AUGAAUGACGCCGGCGUUACACCACGACUGCAAAAACAACAUCAUCUCAAGCACUACUUCAUCCACCAAGGAACAAGUUACUACAUCCCAGUGUAUGUUGACGGCCCCACUACAACCGUAAGGAUCCACGACCUUUCACUGCAAAUGUCCAACGACGUCAUCACGCGCCACAUGCAACAGUAUGGCAAAGUAAUCUCCAUCGAAAAUGAAGUAUGGAAGAACUUUUUCCCGGGAAUUCUAAACGGCGUCAGAGUUGUGCGAAUGAAACUGGAGAAGACGCUGCCAUCUCGUAUUGUGGUCAACGACAAACCUACCUACGUAACCUAUCCGAGAACAAACAAACACACAUCGCUCCAGCCAACACAACUAUCAAGCUCUGCUAAAGAGCAAAACAGCAUCGGUGAUAAACAAUACACAGCUGUUGAUCACCCAUCGGCUUCGACUCUCACCGGCAAAAGUGACGAUGAUAACGACACCAACAACGACGACGACGGCGACGAUGAUGAUAUUCUGCGCACCGAUACCGACGAGUAUAACGAAAAAGACACAGAGACCGUUGAAACUGAAGUUGAGCCUGAGUCUACGAAGAGACGGUUGUCGACUGAAACGGACAAUGGAAGAAAGGAAGAGAACUUAGCAAAACGAUCCUGCAAUGAGGGAGGACAGAAUUCUGAAUUAGAGUGGAAGAUUUAUCAUACUAGAUCGAGAAAAAAAAUAAGCUGUGUAAAUUGUACCAUAUUGUAAUAUUUUGAUUUGAUCUUUAUUAUCGACACGAAUGCACCCACAGUGUAAAGUGUCGCAAAUAAUACU